UGUUGUUCCCCUCUCCCAUAUAAACGCCAGUCAAUAUUCAAAAAUAUCUUAUCUCCUUAUUUUCCAGAGAAAAUUUCAGAGACUCAUUCCAAUGGCGAAAGUUAUCGUCGACUCAGAGUACCUCAAGGAAAUCGAGAAAGCUCGCCGGGAACUACGCGCUCUCAUCUCCAACAAGAAUUGCGCCCCUAUUAUGCUUCGCUUGGCGUGGCAUGAUGCGGGGACUUAUGAUGUGAAUACGAAGACUGGAGGUCCGAACGGUUCGAUUCGAAAUGAAGAAGAGUACACUCAUGGCGCUAAUAGUGGCUUGAAAAUCGCGCUCGAAUUUUGCGAACAAGUGAAGUCUAAAUGUCCGAGAAUCACAUAUGCAGAUCUGUAUCAGCUUGCAGGUGUUGUUGCUGUUGAAGUCACUGGAGGCCCCACAAUUGAUUUUGUUCCUGGUAGAAAGGAUUCAAAGAUUUCCCCAAAGGAAGGGCGACUUCCCGAUGCUAACAAAGGUGUUCCACAUCUCAAGGAGGUGUUUUACCGGAUGGGUUUGUCUGAUAAGGAUAUCGUGGCACUAUCGGGUGGCCACACCCUGGGGAGGGCACAUCCUGAGAGAUCAGGCUUUGAUGGCCCUUGGACUAAAGAGCCAUUAAAGUUUGAUAAUUCAUAUUUUCAGGAGCUUCUUAAGGGGGAGAGUGAGGGCUUACUAAAACUCCCAACUGAUUUGGCUUUGCUGGAUGAUCCUGACUUUAGGCGUUAUGUUGAGCUUUAUGCUAAGGAUGAAGAUGCCUUCUUUAAAGAUUACGCUGAAUCGCAUAAGAAACUUUCCGAAUUAGGGUUUACCCCUACUCCCACUGGUGCAAAGGCAAUUGUGAAAGAUGGCACUGUAUUGGCACAAGGUGCUGUUGGAGUUGCUGUUGCUGCUGCAGUGGUGAUCCUGAGUUAUCUCUAUGAAGUCAGGAAAAAGAUGAAAUAGAUGAAUGUUAUUCAUGGUUAACGGUUCCAUUUGAUUCUAUGUUAAUCAUGGACCGGAGAUGGUCACUGCCCUCUAGCAGAAUCAUAUAUUGUACUCAAUACAAUAUACUGCAUGUCAAAAUAACACACUGGAGCUUUAUGUGACAAUGAUAUGUAUGGGUAGAAAGUUGCCUAAACUUGUUAACCAGUGUUGGCUUGAAAGGAAUAUAGGUUAAGCUUACGAUUGAUAA